GUUGGACUGCGGCAGAUGGUCGAGCAAGUGGUGAAGACGCACUCGUUGCAGCAGCAAGAGGACACGGACUCGACGCGUAACGUGCGCGGGGAGGUGUCCACGAAGACGACGUUCCAACGCAGUGCAAAGGGCAAUGUAACCAUCUCCGAGUGCGACCCGAACGGACGUUUCAUCACUCUCGAGAACACACAUCGCUCGAGAGAUGAAAAUCUCGGAGAGCACAAACUCAAAAGGAAGAUCGAUAAUAGACGCGAAAUCGUCUAUGUUAUUCCAGCUAACGUGGUGCUCAAGGCUGGUCGCACCAUGAAGGUGGGCCUUUUUUUAUAUAAUAAUAAUUAA